AUGUCGCAAGACACCAUGUACCGCCACCAGCUGUGGCACAUCGAGGAUCCAAGCUUGACGGUGUCGCAGGCCCGUCUCAAGCUGCUCUUCGACUUUGACCCGCCGUCACAGUACCGACUUCAACCAAACGGUUCACUGUUGCACGGUAUCCGGCCCAGCUGCGUACUGUGUGGAAGUGUAAAUCCUCCAGGCGGAGCCGCAGCGGCACCGCCUGCUGCACCGAUCACCACGCGUCGGAUAGGCGUGUUUGGUCGCGUCGGCAGUGUCCCUGUUCAGUAUGAAGAGCCGUUCGUGACAGAGUGGACAGAUGUUGGCCUCCCCCCGACCUCGACGAAAGAGGACGCGUGA